UGAACAAAUGCCAUGCGUGUGGGUUCAUAGUUGACGUUUGCACUGGUAAGAAGAGACUCCAUGUCCUUAGUAGCGAGUGGCGCAUAGUUCUUCUCUGCAAAAAUUGUCUUUCAUCCGUUAAAUCUUCAAAAAUGUGCUUGUAUUGUUUUUCCGAAUCGUCUGCGGAUUGUUUUCGUUGUGAACAAUGUCAGCAUUCUGUUCAUAAAAAGUGUUUUUCCAAGUACAAAGGCACUGCUCCAUGGUCUUAUGCUUGUUCCGGGUCGGAAUUUUCUGUUUGUGUGGAUUGUUGGAUUCCCAAAUCAGUGGCUUUUUCAAGAAAAAGAAUGAAGAAUGGGAAGGUUAGGAAAAAGGGUGGGGUUGUAUUAGAAAAGGAGACUUCUAGGGUUUCGGAUGAUGGAAAUUCAGCGGUGUCAUUGGAGGAUGUGGUUAAGGAUGCAAAUAUUGUGGUAGGGAAGAAGGUUGAAGCUGCUGCCAGGGCUAGAGAGGAGGCCGUCAAGAAGGCUGUGGAUGCUAGAAGAGCGGUAGAGGUUGCAAACAGUGCUUUAAGUUUAGUAGCUAGCGGAGAUGAGAGCAGUUUAAAUGAGCGCCUCAAAAUGAGUGCUGGUAAGGUUGUUGAAUUGUAUCCGCCUAUGAGUAGCUCUCCGACUAGUUGCAGUUUAUUUAAUUCAAGUUACUUAGAUACUCCUAAGAUGGGGACUUCUAGUAUUGAUUCAUCUUGCAUGAGGUCGAACCCAAGCAAUUCAAGUGAUUUUUUGAAGCAUGAAAUUUCCAGUGAUGAUAACAUGUACAAGGAGUCCUCUAAACAUGUAUUGGAACCUUCAGUUUGUAUGGAUGGGAGUGACAUUAGAACAAGGUCAAAAGAAGGCAAGUGUGUAGCUGAUUGUGAUGCUAAAGAAGAGAUUGGGGAAGAGUUGAUGAAGGAAGGCGAGGGAAGUUCCGAUAGGCAGGUAAACUUCAGUGGAGAUAGUAGAUUGACUCUUGAUUGCAAGCAGACAGGCACUGCGUUGCAUGGGAAGAAAGAUGCAAGGGACAGCCUGACCGCAAUUUGUUGAAAUAUAAAAGGAGGGUUUGGAGGUUAAAACCAAUAUCAGAUUGUAAACCUACAAUCCUUUACAAUAAGCAUGAGACUAAUCUUGAGAGACAGAGCUCAACUCCUGAUGUUCCAUUGAAUUGUUCCUGGGAAUUGAGAACGUUAUCUGAUGGUAAUUUCAGUCAUUUCAUGCUCCUUUGCAAGCAUAUGUUUGUCAUAGUGGAUAUUCCAAGAGCCAUCUUGAAAGAGCAUAGCUGGCUAGAAUUCCAUAUAACGUAUCAAACAUCAAAAUGGGUACAAAAUUCCUCUCUACCGGAGCAAAAGACUUACUAAUGGCCCUGUUUUUCUUAAACUUGGAUAAUUAGCCUUGAUUGCUUGCAGAUCCAAGUCCAUUCCAGGUUGGGUUUCAUGAAACUUGACAAAUUACUGAAAUAGUACUAGGUAAAGCAGAUAACCUUCCGCGUGAGAGAUGCUUGGUCUUUUAGAUGUAAUUCUGGUCUUUGUGAAAAGUUGGAUCCGCUUUUUCCCUUUAAUUUUUUUUGGGGUAAUCUUUUACAUUCUUUUGUACAACAUGCUCACCUGUGAGUCAUUCUGUAUAGUUACAGUUCUGGAAUUCCACUUACGUUCAAUAAUUGCUUGAAUUGUGCUAGCAUUGUAUCAUGAGUUAAAUAUUUCUAUAAUGAAUCGGUUAAUCAGUUUUAAUUGUA